CCGGGUCUCGGCCUCAGCUGCUGCGGGAGGUGCUCGCGGCGCCGGGGCCUGCGAGACUGAUGGAGCAGAGCUACUGAGCAGAAGCAGGCAUCCUUAGUUGUCGCCAGGUUUGCCUUUGGAUUGGAGAAGUUGCACUUGAGGCUUCCUGCCUGCGGUGAAGUGGAGGGAUACGUGCUGCUCACGGAAUAACAGCCAUGGGCUUCCUGGUGACCUUCCACCUUUCCUACAAAGUCCGAUUACUGUUGCUUUUUCUCUUAUGCCUGACAGUGGUUGGGUGGGCCACCAGCAACUACUUUGUGGGUGCUAUUCAAGAGAUCCCUAAAGCACAGGAUUUCAUGGCUAAUUUCAACAAGGUCCUCGUUUGGGGGAAGGAGAAAACUAUGACUAAUGAAGAAUCCAGGAAAGAAGCAGACCUGGACAGCUGCCCUUCUGUGUCUCCGUAUCUCAGGGGCCAGAACAAGCUCAUCUUCAAACCAGAUCUCACCCUGGAAGAAGUGGCGGCGAAAAAUCCCCAAGUGCACAGAGGUCGCUAUCACCCUGAGGAAUGUAAGGCUUUGCAGCGGGUUGCCAUCCUCAUUCCUCACCGGAACAGAGAGAGACACCUGAUGUACCUGCUAGAGCACCUUCACCCCUUCUUGCAGAGGCAGCAGCUGGACUAUGGCAUCUACAUCAUCCAUCAGGCUGGAACUAAGAAGUUUAAUCGAGCCAAACUCUUGAAUGUGGGCUAUCUAGAAGCUCUCAAGGAUGAAAAUUGGGACUGCUUUAUAUUCCACGAUGUGGACCUGGUGCCCGAGAACGACUUGAACCUCUAUAAGUGUGAGGAGCAGCCCAAGCAUCUGGUGGUUGGCAGGAACAGCACCGGGUACAGGUUACGUUACAGCGGAUAUUUUGGGGGUGUCACUGCCCUCAGCAGAGAGCAAUUUUUCAAGGUGAAUGGAUUCUCUAACAACUACUGGGGAUGGGGAGGCGAAGACGAUGACCUCAGACUCAGGGUUGAGCUUCAUAGAAUGAAAAUAAUCCGGCCAAUGCCUGAAGUGGGUAAAUACACAAUGAUUUUCCAUACCAGAGACCGAGGCAAUGAGGUGAAUAUAGAACGGAUGAAGCUCUUACAUCAGGUGUCACGAGUCUGGAGAACGGAUGGGUUGACCAGCUGUAUCUAUAAAUUACUCUCUGUGGAUUAUAAUCCUUUGUAUACCAACAUCACAGUGGAUUUCUGGUCUGGCGCAUGACCCUGGAUCUUCUGGUGACAUUUCGGAAGAACUGAUUAUUUUACCGCAAUAACUUUGGACUAGAGACUUUCCUUUGUAGUAUACAUUAAGAACUGGUUGCAGCUAAUUAUGGAUCUGGAUUUCUCCUUUUUGUAUUUUCUUAGCAGAGCCCCAAGUAAUACAGAAUGUAAAACAGUUGUAGGAAGACCACUUUCUUGGUCGUGUUCUGCUCCUGAGGGUUGUUAUUAAAGACUGUGGUACACAUACUCGAGGGGCUGAGUAUGAAAGGACUACUCCAGGGAUAACAUGAAGGCUACGUGAAAAACGUGGAUUGAAGGA